CGGCCCUGUAUUUGGUUGCCCUCGAGCUAAUGGAAGAAGAUGGUGGUCCCAAGUACAGCACACAGAGAUGUUAUAUUUGUGAUAGACUCUUCAGCAUGUCUUAGUGGAGUGCUCCCAUUCCUACUGAAGGAGUACAUUCAGCCAUGUGUCGAGUAUUUCAGUGGUGGAAAGCUGCCCGAUAUCUCUUAUGGCAUGCAGACUGGUCCUGUGCAGUAUGGUCUGGUGACACUGAAUGCCCCUGGCCUCACCUAUCGCCCUGUGUGCACUUACUACCCCAUCACCAGUAACUCCACCAAACUGCUCAAGUGGAUCGCUGACUUGAGGCUGGAGGGUGGUCUGGUGGGACACUCCCUACUGCUAUCUGAGGGGCUGGCUGCAGCCAUGGAGCUGGGCCAGUUAAUGAGGAGCACAAAAGAAUCAUGUAUGAGUCCCGAUGUGAUAGUGGAGAAGCACUGCGUUCUAGUGCUGAACCAACCCCCCUCUCACCAUCCAUGCUUGGAGUCCCUCAAACACGCUGGGAAGACACCACCACAAAUUAUCAAACUGCUCGUUGAGGGAGGUGUGCACCUGUCUCUGAUCUCUCCUCGCUGUCUGGCCGAUCUGAGGCACCUAGUACAGAAAACACUGCCCAUCCCCUCUUCCGAAACUGAGACGUCAUCCCUCGAUGAUAUAGACCACGCCCUCCACCCAGGUCACCUUGUGCUCCUGCAAGGAUUUCAACUGUCCGCUAUCAAGGAACGGAAAAAGGCUCUUCUGGAAGAGAGAAUGGACUCCUCUGAGGUGAAAGCAACUACCGAUAUUUCCAUGGACACCACCUCACCAGCUGUUAAGAUAGAGGAUCCCCUUCCGGCAGACAUAUUGAUAAAAGUUGAAGCUCGCAGCGACUCCCCCCUCACCUUCUCCACAGGCACACCUCUCAAACAAGAGCCCCUCACAGAGUCCACCAGCUUCACAUCUCUCACACCGCCCACCUCACAACCCGUCAAGAUUGCCGUGGCAGGUCAAGCCAGUGCUCAGGUCAUCCCUACCGCAGCUGGCAGUAGCAGUCACAACCCCAUACAGAUCAUCUCUCCAAGUUUACCCAACAAACUAUUCUUCUCGCAGCCUCCCAUCUCUACAAUUGAGAACGAAGCUAUUUCUGUACAGAGCACCAUUAACGAGACUCAGUCAACAACUACUCAAAGCACACCGUUUCCGACAGCUUCAUCGUCAGUUUCCAUGGCGAGGACGGCCUCAGGGGGAGUCCCCUCUGUGGGGGGUACCGGACCUAACUUGGAGAUGGCAAUGAAAGCCGCUCAACUUGCAAUAAUCCAGGCGCAACAGGUGUCCGGUCAGGCGUCGAAUUCCACUGUGCCCCAGCCGACACACCCGGGUUCUGGUUCCAUUCCAAGUAGUCAGCCAUCAGUAUCACCACUGGGACAGAAUCAACAGGUGGCCCCAGGUGUGCAAGUGCAACCCACCCGCAGUGUGAUGGGGCAGCCGUCUCAAGUCUCCCAGGCAUCUGCUUUUGCUGGUAACAACAUAGUGAACAACCCGACAGGUAGUGGGGCAGGGGACAUAUUGCAUCGUGUUCCCACUCCUCCCAUUGGGUCCGUGUCCAGUGCAGUACCUCAAGCUCCUCCUCCCACACUGGCCCCAACUCCAGCACAGAAUCCUGGGUUCCAGUUGCAGGGCCAGCUACAAGCUCCUCCUCAACAAGUACCACGGCCAGUCACAAUUUGGACUGGUCUCAUGGAGCUAGCAGAUGUUCACGAGAACCAGCGUCAGAUGAGGCAGAUUCAAUGCUCCGUGACUACCAGCAGGAGUGAAGUUAUUCAAGAAAUACAGCCAAACACUUGGCCACAGAAGAUGACAAUGAGUGCCUAUCCUAAAGCCAUGUUUAACUCAAUCAUGACUGGAAUGGACUUCAACAGGGGCACUACAAACCUCAUGACAGUCAACUUUGCGUUUCAAGACCCUCUAAAACAGAAUGUAUCAGUGCUACGUCAGCUUAUGGCUGUCGACGCCCCCAUCAAAAUGUUUGCAAUAGUGCACCCGGUAGGGGCCAACACAGUGUGCCCUAUCAAAGCUCUUAUCCUUGUCUGGAAUGACAAGCUGAAACAGUUCACUGGACUAAUACCACUGGAGCAGGAGAAGUUUGUAAAUGUUGUCAAGCAAGUGUUGAUAAGACAGAGACAGAUUCAGCAACAGCAACAACAGCAACAGCAACAGCAACAGCAAAGUGGUCUACAGAGUGGCAUCCAGCAACAACAACAGCAACAGCAACAGCAACAGCAAAGUGGUCUACAGAGUGGCAUCCAGCAACAACAACAGCAACAGCAACAGCAAGGUGGUCUACAGAGUGGCAUCCAGCAACAGCAGCAACCCUCAGGCUUCCAACAACAGCAACCCCCUGGAAUACAACAACAACAACAGCAGCAGCAGCAGCCCUCAGGCUUCCAACAACAACAACCCUCUGGUAUCCAGCAACAGCAGGCCUCGGGAUUCCAGCAAAGUGGAGUUCAGGUGGGACAGAACUAUUCGCAAUCUUCUAUGUCGUACGCUACACCAUCGAGUAUGCAAUCGACUAUGUCUCAGGCCCAAGGCUCUAAUAUGAUAGGACAGCCAAGCGGAGGAGGGCUUAUGGGUCAACGUGCAGGGCAAGGGCAGCAGCAACAGCAAGGCUUUAAUCAGGGGGGUAUGAUGGGGCAGCAAACACAGCCUGGGAACAAAGGAGGGAUGAUGGGUCAACAAGGACAGACUAUGAUGAACCAGCAGCAGCAACAAACUGGACUACUGGGACAACAGCAACAGCCGCAGCAAGGAAAGGGAGGUAUAGUACAGCAGCAGCAAGUACAAGGGAUGGUACAGCAGCAGCAGCAGCAGCAAGGUCAAAGCAUGCAGCAGGGACAGUCUCAUAUUGGCCAGCAGUCACAGCCGGGAAUGAUAGGUCAACAAGGGCAAGGAAUCAUGAAUCAACAGCAGCAAGGGCAGACGAUGCAACAGCAGCAGCAGCAGCAGCAGCAGGCUGGAGGGGUAAUGGGCAAGACAGGACCGAGCAACAUGGUGGGUCAGCAAGGGGCCACUCAGCCACAGUCCGGGUUUGGACAGGGAGGAAUGACUCAACAGCAGCAACAAGUGAGGGAAAAAGCUAAGAAGUUUUUAAUGGCACUCAUCAAUUCGACACCAGAGCAACGAGAGGUUCUAUUCCAGCGAAUGGGAGUUGGUUCCCUGGAGGUUAGACAGCAAUGGCUGACCAAAGCCAGUCACUACAAGCAGCAGCUUAUGCAGACUCGGAUGCAGAUGAUGGGAGGUGGUUCCCAGCAGGGGGUCCAGCAGCAGAUCUCCAUUGGCCACAACAUGCAAUCUCAGAUGAAUCAAGGAGGCUACAAUCGGCCAGGGGUAGGACAGGCUAUGGGGGGCAUUAGACCACCCGCCAAUCAAAUGCCCCCUCAACAGCAACAGCACAUGCCCCCUGGAUACAAUCAAUGGCAAGGACAACAUUGAAUAUAGACAUUGAAUAUAGACCCAUAACAAUUAAUUUUUGAGUGUUCUCCCCUUUUGAUUACCUGUUGUGGUUAUCAAUGGAAUGCAAUGAAUAAUUAACAAUCAAA